AUUGCUCACUUGUUGUUUAGCGGAGGUUGUAGUGUAUGUGUUUCGACCACACAUCCAGCACGGCCUUCUCGAAAUCGUUGAUUCUCGUCUAGAACUGUAUUUUCUUUUCCAUUCAUACGACUGACUAUACCUGGUUAAACUGAAGUGAUGACAGUUCCCAGAUGAUAUCUACAGAGUUUUACGGAAUUGGCCCAGUUGACCUUUUCGAAGCGUGUUUGGAAGAAGCUAUUCGAGUGUGUGUUCUGUUAGAAAGUCGUUUCAAUGUUUGAAACUCGCCAAAAUGUCGGACGAUAUUUAUAUAGAUGUAAAUUAUCUGACGGAAUCAGAGAGGAAUAUCAUACUACAAGUUUUAGCCAAGGAUGAUGAAUUACGACGACAAGAGAAGAAACGGUUGAGCAAAUUAAAGACGGAAUUAGACACAAUCAAGUACUCUGGCCUAGAAGCUCAACAACUAUCUGCAAAUUCUAAAGUUUGCGCCCGAUGCAAAGAGGGAUUUGGAACAAUUUUCAACACGGGCGCAUUUUGCCCAAAAUGUAAAGUUCGUGUCUGCAAGAAUUGUAGAUCGACCAUUGACGGAUACUGGGUUUGUCUACUUUGUGCCAAAGUCAGGGAGGUGAAAGCAAAGUCAGGCGCCUGGUUCUUUGAAAAUGAGCCAAAGAAGACAAAUAAGCCAGCAUUGCAUGGAUCUGUUCUCCUACGGGCCUCACUUAAAAGGACCAAGAAAUCUGCACUGCCACCACUAAAACCAGUGAUUGCUGAACCUCCACCCCCACCAAUAAUAAACCUCAAUUUAAAAGAACAUGAGAAGCUUCACCGCCCUGUCGCCGUGCACAUGUCCCCCCUGAGAGAGGCCGAGGAUGACCAGCCAUACGAGGUGAACAGUAACUACUACAAAAGUAAUGGCCACCCUACAGUCGAGGUCAACACUCGCACAGUAGAAGAGACUAAGAAAACAAGCGUGGAUUCCCGCGGAAGCUCUACAAGCUCACACAGCGAAUACGACCAAACUUUUCGAUUACCCGAACACACAGAUAGUAGUGGAUACCAAGAGAACCGGCCAAUAUUCGAUUACCUGAAGGAGUCCGAAGAAGAACGACCAGUGUUCGAUUACCUUAAGGAUCACCGAAGUAGUCCUAGUAGCGAUGCUCUGAGCGACACAAAGUAUGAUGGGCAGAUGGAGGACCUUAAAGGCUUCACACAUAAGACUACCAACGGUCACGCGACGAGCUAUGAUAAACCUGAGCACGAAUAUAGAGACGAAUAUGGUUACGAAGACGAGCAGAGACCUGGGUACAAAGAUGAGCAGAGACAUGGGUAUAAGGACGAGCAGAGACAUGGGUACAAGGGUGAGCAGAAACAUGGGUUCGAGAUCGAGCAGAGGCCUGGGUACGAGGACAAGCAAAAGUUUGGGUACGAGGGAGAUAAGAGUCCUGAUUACAAGGAUUCAGCAACAUCGAGUUUUGAGGACGAGCAGAGACCUGCGUACGAGGACAAACAGGGGCCUGGGUACGAAGUCGACCACAGGUCUGGGUACCAAGACGAGCUAAAGCCAGGUUACCAGGGGGAGCAUAGGCUUAGUUACCAGGGCUCGGAGACGAGCGGCACGUAUCACGAUGCACAGUCCUGGCGAUCCCAGGACAGCCAACUCGACACGGAUUCCCUAGACACUUUUACCAGCGGAGAGUUUCUUACGCCAAAAGAGACGCCAAACCAUUCUGACGUCAACACGCCUGUCCAGUCCUCCCCGGACCACUCUGACGAAGGAGACUCGUAUCGAGAUGCCAGAGAUGCUACCCCUGUUCCUAUGGAUCGUGAUUCAAUAGAUGGCUUACCACUAAAGUACGGCAACCACGACCUCGUGCCGCCACAGAUCACGACCACGGCAAUCAGUGACGACGAGGGAGAUAAGUUCGGCGAGACACAGAUGGACGGGACACAGCGACCCCGCGGGAACGAUGAGGAUAUUGACCAGGCCUUCCACGACUACGGAUCGUCUGAUUUUGGGGGUCUUAAACUGCAGGAUAGAUUAGAGAUGGGUAGCCGAGAGAGUAUCGUCAGUUACUACAGCGACGCGGGCGAGGGUAACUAUGGUAACAUCCCUGUUACGGGCGAAGUGCAGGUCGGUCUACGCUACGACUACAAGCACGAGAAACUGGAGGUGCAGGUCCACCGAGCCCGCGAUAUCGCGCCGGUCGACACCAAGAAGAAGAGAUCAGAUCCUUACAUCAAAGUUUAUUUGCUGCCCGACAAGACAAAAGGCGGAAAGCGAAAGACGAAGACCAAGAAACACACUCUUGAUCCUACCUUUGACGAAAUUCUGCAGUUCAAAAUCGGCUUCGAUGAGAUGCUGACGCGCACCCUGUGGUUAACCGUUUGGAAUCACGACCGCUUUGGACACAAUGACUUCCUAGGGGAGAUCAUGCUGCCGCUCGCACAGUACGACGAGUCGGGAUUCAACUGGGCACAGCCCUCUGCUGAAUGGUAUCCCCUGAGGGAGAGGCGUCCGGAGCCGUCUUUGAUGAAAUACUGCGGCGAGAUCGUCGUGGCCUUGAAGUACGCCCCUCCCGCUACCCCAGAGGCUAAAGGGAAGGGAAAGAAGAAAAAGAAGCACUCAGAAAAGGGAGAGUUGCAGGUUGUCAUAAAAGAGGCGCGAAAUCUUCCCGCCAAAGACGCCAAUGGCUUCUCGGAUCCAUUCGUGAAGGCGUAUCUACUUCCCGACAAGGGCAGGAAAUCCAAGCGAAAGACACCCACCAUCCGAAAGAACCUUAAUCCCCAGUGGAACUUUCCCUUUACAUAUGAUGACGUCACGCUAGAAGAGCUUAUGGACCGCUCCCUCGAGCUGACCGUGUGGGACUGGGACCGUGGCGCCAGCAACGACUUCCUGGGCGGCGUCCGUUUGGGAAUGGGUACUAAGCAAGAGAAAUGGGACGAUGCAGAGGGUCAAGAGAUAACAGCUUGGCAAGCGAUGAUGGACUUCCCUAACGAGUGGCACGACAGCACGCUUACGUUAAGCUCAAGUUUAUCAAGAUUUUACGACAGCACGACCUCUCAACAAGACACAGGAGCGAAGGAGACUCCCGACUCAUCUCCGGAAAAGUACGACCGUAUCUCGGGUUCCGACCAGGACACGAAAUCUGAAGGAUCUUACGAAAACCUUGCCUUCGAUUCUUGCAAUGAUGAUGAGGGAUCAAAACCGUCUUUUCUAAAGAAUUUUCCAGAUUUUUUGAAAUUGAAAUUAUCUUCAGAGAAAAAAGACGAGUCGCGAAGCAUAUCAAACGAUUCCGAGCAAAGAACGAGUAAUUACGGAAGCAUAAUGAAAAGUCCCGAAGAAAGAUCGAUUUCCUCCGAAGAAUCGAAAGACUCCGGUCACGCAAGUAUCGAGAACGAGACAGUUGUGCCGAAAACCAUCAUAACCGAACCUGAGCCGAAGCCAGCCCGAAUUGCUUCGGAUAAGCCGAAAAAUGCGCGGGACGAACGACGAAAUACGGAAAAUGUGUUGUUUUUCGAGGGAGCGACACUGUCUCCGACGAUUGACACGAGGAGACGACACAGCACCGACAUGGUUUCCGUCUCUAAGCCAAUCAACGAGGAGCUAAUUGAGGACUUUGUCAAGAAAUCGCCCGGCCAGAGGCGUAAGACGUCACGUGACAAUACAGACGGAAAGAUCAAUCGCCGUAAUAUGGGUUCCCUGUAUUCUCCCAGAGCGGCGAGAAAAAAACUCGAGAACACCAAGAAAGCAGCGGAUCAGCGACGGCCGACUCUCGCGGAGCUAGCCAAGGAGGCUGGGUACCAGAGACCGCCACAGGAGCAAGGGGAUUUACACACUGCUUCUCUCAUGGCUAGUCACGAACGUGAGAUCAGCUCGAGUAGUGACGCCGAGCGUGACGCAAAUGAUGGCGUGACAGGGGAGCUGUAUCUCGCUCUCGAAUACUGCAUCAAGACCAAGACUUUCUCCAUUCACGUGCUCAGCGCAAAUAACCUCACUUCCAGGAAGGAUUCUGAGGACUCCGCUGACCCGUACGUCAAGACAUAUCUUUUGCCCGACAAGAGAAGCAAGAAGAAGACAAAGAUCAUCAAAGACAACCUGAAUCCAGAGUUCGACGAGAUAAUCAAGUACCACAUUGGCUAUGACGAGUUAAUGACCCGCACCCUUUCUGUCACGGUGUGGAAUGACAGGCUGGGAGCCAAUGAGUUUCUUGGGGAGGUGCUUAUCAGCAUGAGCUCAUACGUCGAGGGCCACUCAAUGGAGAAUCCACAGCCCCAAUGGCACCCCCUAGGGGAAAAGACUCUUGUGGACGAGUCGGCCUCGCAGCCGGAAAUCAUCCUGUCGCUCAAGUACGUCACAGCGGAGAAGGUGAAGCGGAAGAGCAAGCGCCAGAGCAUCGCGUCUAAGGGAGAACUUCACGUCCACAUAAUGGAAGCAAAAAAUCUCCCGGGCAAAGACGCGGACGGAAUGUCCGACCCUUUCUGUAAAAUCACGCUUCUGCCAGACAAGAAAGGUAAAACACGGCACAAGACAGCCAUCAUAAAGCGAACGCUGAACCCUUCGUGGGACUACAACCUCAUUUACGAAGAGCUAUCCCAGGAGGAAUUGCGCCAGAGGGUGUUAGAAAUCAGCAUAUGGGAUCACGACAUCGCGUCACGUGACGAGUUCCUCGGCGGACUGCGUUUAGGACUUGGCACGAGUGCUAAUGAGUGGGACGAUUCGAGUAAGGACGAGGCCCAAAUAUGGCAUACGAUGCUGACACGGACCAACGUGUGGAUACAAGUGGUGGUACCGUUACGACCAAAUAUGGACGCCCACAAGCAUCAGUGACGUCCUCCGUAGUGAUCUGGACGUCACUUCCGGAAGAAUCUGACAACGGAAUGUUGACGGUUUCAGCUAAGGGCAUAUUUCAAUGACCUUCUAUUUGCUAUUUCCAGCUUUUAUCCAGAGAAUGACACUCAAAGGCGCUGGGUGUAAAUCCAAUAGAAUUCCAAAUGCCCAAAAGCUUAAUAUUUUUACACUCUUUCUCUUGUGUCUCAAAGUACUCAAAUGAAACGUUGCAGCCAUAAUAAGCGAAAUUUAGUUGAUAACUCAUUGCUUAAUAUCGAGGAAGCUGCUUUUAGUUCAUGGUGUUAGGCGUAAACUUCGCUCAAACGUCUUUACCAAAGAAAGAGCCAAUAUUUUAGAAAAUAUCUAAUAAUAUCUAGAUAAUAUAUGUCUUGAACUCUCUCGAUAUUUAAAUAUUCAUAUCGAGAGAGUACAAGUGUUAUAAUUUAUGGCCUCUGUAGAAUAUAUGGGCCUAUUGUAGAAAUAUUCGCACCCUUUUCAAGAUAUUUUGUUUAGUCCGCAGUGCAUCAUGCCGAACAUAAAGUGACAAUAAAAUAGCGGGAAAUUUUUUUCAAUGGGGUUUAAUUACCAGUAGUAAUUUAGUAAUUUUUAAUUACCAGAAUUUCUCAAAAGGGGGAGGGGAAGAGGGGUGACAUACCGAAGGAAUUUCCAAUAUACAAAACAUAUUAUGGAAAGAAAAAUUCAGUUUUCUGAAAAUCCCCCUUGAUCCCAACCCCCGGGAAUCCGCCAAUGUGUUGUAUCGAUUCAAUAAAUGUCAGUCGGAGAUAAAUGGCUUUUUAGAAUAAUUUAAGAUCUUUGGCGAUACCUUAAAACACCGCUUUAAGCUACAUGCCUUAAGUAAUUGAGAGUUAUAAUAUUAUUUUAUUAGAGGAAAGACUUAUAUUAAAGUGAAUUUCUAACACAUCGAAGCACAAUAAAGAGCGUCUUUCAUACAGUA